CAACUAUCUCAUGCAGUCUGUCAUCAUUAUAUUCUCUAGAGCGGGGGUCGGCAACCUGCGGCUCCCGAGCCAUUUGUGGCUCUUUCACCUCUGUGCUGCGGCUCCCUGUGGCUUUGGGAAAUAAUUGACGGAAGGUGCUGAAACGCUUUGUCGCGUGUCUGGAAGAAGUGAAAACUUUCCUGGGCAGCAAAGGGCUCACCUUUCCUGAGCUGGAACAGCCAGAGUGGCUGGAAAAGCUACACUUCAUGGUAGACAUGACAGCGCACCUGAACACGCUGAACACAGCUCUUCAGGGGAAAGGACGUACAGCCCUGCACAUGUUGGAGGAUGUUUUGGCAUUCGAGCGCAAGUUGACAGUGCUUGCCAGAGAUUUACAGAAAGGCACUUUGUCUCACUUCCCCAAUUUGAGAGAGUUCAAACAAGGUCACGACAUGAUAAUUUCGGAGUAUUUACAUUCUGCAAUCAUCGCAAUGCAAACAUCGUUUGGGAAACGCUUCUGUGAGUUCAGAGAGGAAAAAAACACAUUAUCCUUCCCGGUCACUCCCUUAAGCAUCGAUCCUUCCCUACUGAAUACGACUGCAUUGGCAGGUGUGAGUCAACCUGAUCUUGAGAUGGAACUGGCCGACAUAGCCGACAAAGACAUAUGGGUGUCCAAGUUUAGACGCUUGACAGCAGACCUUGAAGAUGUUGCCCGUCAGAAGGCCGUUCUUGCUCAGAAACACAAAUGGAGUGAUAUUGAAAACCUCACAGAUGACAGCUUGCGAUCCUGUGUAAAGAUGAAGGUGACAUCAUACAGCCCUGAUGUGCAGACGCUGUGCGCUGAGGUCCAGGAGCAGAAAUCCCAUUAA